AUGCAAGCUGAACAACUAACACAAAUACACAUCGGGGAAGGUCGUGGAGAAAUUCGGUCCAUAUCGCAACUGAGCUUCGACGUCGCACACUUCUCUACUGAGGAAUCUCGGUUCCAGGAAAGGCUGCUGAAGCUUUGCCCUGCAAAUCUCUGGCACAAGGGUUCUUACACGGCAGGAUGUCCGCGGCCUGUCCUAGUGGGUCUACAUCACCAACAGCAGCUGAAAGAUCUUCAUGAAGCUUUGACAGCGGCAAUCACGGAUGUUGUGCAACGCUGGUGGAGUGACAGAGACGCAAGGUUCCCCGAGCGUAUGCCGCUAGAGGCUAAAGAGGAGGAGCUUCUGCAAUGGAUCGAGGGCCAAGUCAUUAUCGGGAACCUGCCGCAGUUCUCGCAGUGUCGGGGAUCAUGGCGCCCAGACUUUCUCGUGGAGGACAACAGCGAGCGCGAAGAAAACUACUGCAUUACGGAAAUCAAUGCGCGUUUCUCGUUCAACGGGUUUAUGCAUGAGGCUUAUGGCCAGGCGGCAACCAACGAUAGCCUGGGGAGCGCGGAGACGGAGCUGAUGCCCACCACUGACCCGGACACUAUACUGGAAGGGUUAUUCAGUUUGUUCGAUCCCGAGUAUCCACUCCAUCUUCUGAAAGGUGCCGAAAAAGGUAUCGAUAUCCACAUGUUUAUUGAUGCUGUCCAACAUCGUUUCGGCGUAAAGCCACGGCUCAUUUCCCCCGCAGAUCUGAGACUAUUUCCGGAUGCACGCAGCAAAAGCGGGUUCCGGCUGUGCUGUGUCAUACACGAUCGCGAUGGGCAAGUCCCCAACACCUGGAGAUUUGUAUCUCCAAAUGGUGAAAUUUGUGAAGAGAUACAUCAAGUCGGGCUUGAGUUACAUCAGCGGGAACUCCUCGCCCUUGAGCCGGAAAUGCUACGCCAAAUCAGCCAGCGCUGUUUUAAUGAUAUGCGUACUAUACUUCUCGUACAUGACAAGCGGAUGCUGGGGAUUGUGAGACAAGAGAUCCCGAAGCUAGUGGCGCGCGGAGCAGUCACUCCAGUUCAAGCUGAAGCCCUACGUCUUGGCAUCGUGGAAACAUUCCUUCCUGGUUCUGACGAGCUGAAAGAUCUGCUGCGAAUGUCCCUCACUUCUCCCGACUUGAGAUACGGCUACAUCCUCAAGCCCAUCCGCAGCGGCAAAGGUAAUGGCAUCAUUUUCGGAGACGAUGUCACGGCACCCGAAUGGACAUCCCUUCUUCAAGCUCUCGCACCGCCGGGUGACAUUUCAGCAGAGAUUUGCGUGGUACAGAGGCUCAUCACUCCCCGCGAAUAUGAUCUGGUGCUGCGUGCGUCAAACGGAAUGGUUCGAUAUCCUCUGGUGGGUACGUAUCAUGUUUCAAACGGGAAGUUGCUCGGUCUCGGGACCUGGCGAGCGAGUGGAGGCCGAAUUGUUGCUGUAUCAAUUGGCGGAUCUUGGAUUUGUUCAGUCAUGAAAGGUGAGGGAGAGGCUCGGGAAGAGUGA